GGAAAGUUGAGAAGUUAAAUCUCAUUCUUCUCUCCAUAGGCUGAUAUUUAUUUUGCACUCUGCUCCGCAGUCCCGGGGGAGCUGCUUGGCAGUCUCAGGAACUGCCUGUAUGUUGCUCAACCACACCUGUCACGUGCAAUAGAUCAAUCUGAGGAACUUUCAUUUACAGGAAAUCACCAAGAGAAAGACAGCAACAUGGGUGAGCUCUGUUCAACUGCAUGAUCAUUUGUAAUCAUAUAACUAUAUUUAUUUCACAUAAACUAUUUUAAAAAGGGCACCAGCUAAAACAACCUAUUGUAUCUGUAUUUCUCUAAUUUGGAUAGGAGUUGGAAUUGGUGGAUUCAUUACUUUCUUGACUUUAGCCUCUCGUUUUGGAGACAUUACAAAGGUUGACACCAGUGGGGCUUCAGCGAUCACCGCUAGACAAGACAAGCUAACCGUCCAAGGUAUGUGAGUGACUGGUAUUCAGAACCUUCCAAUAAUCAAUAAUAGUCCAUCCAUCGAAUCUAUAUAAUUUUAUAGGAAACAAAUGACAUACAAAGUUAAUAUUUUAUAUUUAUUUUACUAUCAAUCCUAAUUCUCUAAAGGGGUGGAUGCCUCUCAUAAACUGGCUGAGCGUGACCUGGUGAGGAUGAAGCAGUACAAGGAGCUCAUCACCAGGGUGGGGCAGAAGCAUGGCCUGGACCCAGCUAUCAUUGCUGGCAUCAUCUCCAGAGAGUCCCGGGCGGGGGCAGUGCUUGACCAUGGCUGGGGAGAUCAUGGGAACGGCUUUGGGCUCAUGCAGGUUGGUUGGCAGUUGCCACAACAUUUGUGUACAUGUGUCGUUGAUUGUGUGUGAGAAUGAGGAAGCAGAACUUACCAAGGGGAUUUCUCUUGAAAUCUGGGAAGUUUGAUAGCAUCUUUCUCUUCCUCUUUUAGAUUGUACUAUAGGAUAUUUUUGUAAUGCAAUAAAAGUGCCGUGAUUUAUUUCUAAAUAUUUUAUUUUCAUAGGUUGACAAGCGCUACCACAAGAUAGUGGGGGCAUGGGACAGUGAGGAGCAUAUCAGUCAAGGCACUGAGAUUCUAAUUGAGUUUAUCCGAAGGAUCCAGGCUAAAUUCCCUGCGUGGCCCAAGGAGCACCAGCUUAAAGGUACCGUAUUGCUCACCCACCUUUUUGCUCUGUAGUUUGAUAGAAGUGAGGAGUUACAUGUUUGUUGUGUAUGCAAAUGCAUGGAUACCAUGGCAAAAACCUAUUGUAUAUCUUUUCAGGGGGAAUUUCAGCCUACAAUGCUGGGGACAAAAAUGUCCGCACCUAUGAGCGAAUGGACGUGGGCACCACUGGGGGUGACUAUUCCAAUGAUGUUGUUGCCAGAUCUCAAUGGUUCAAAAGCCAGGGUUAUUGAAGAGUCUCUUCAUUAUAUACACCAGUCUUUGAUUCUACCUAUGGUGAAAAUAUUCAGUACAUGUCUUCUAUUUUCUGAAUAAAUCAAAGCAGUAAAAUUACUUCUCUGAAUAAAUCAAAGCUGUGAAAUACAUUCUAUUUUCUGAAUACAUCAACUGGAAAUGUCAUUGUGUGGUCACUGGUCAACUUUUAUAAU